CACACACACACACACACGAUGAAGCUGCCUCAAGAAUCAGGUUUUAUACUGAGCGGGGCAUAUGAUAAGAAUCAUAACAUUUAGUGCUACUGAAAUACGUAUUAUUUAAAAAGUUGAGAAAUUAUUCGAAAUUUAUAUAAACUAUAAUUAUACUGUAGUACAGCGUACUUCUUGCCAUCAAAAGUAUAGUCAGAGGAAGUUGCGGGUUUUCAGUUUGUUUUCGACUUUCGCCGAAGUACUGAGGAAGAAACCACGGUUAACAAUCGGUCAUCUUGACUGACUAGUUUCGAAGGAAUGUGAGGUCAGCUUGCAAAAAGAUUCAGUGCAAACAAUCCCACGAUACCCGACGACCCUAAAUAACGCCAUCUAGCAGCUAAAAACAGCAAAUACUGAAAGACAAGGCAACAACGACCUGACAGUAAAAAAGAAAUGAGACGAAACAAGAGGGUCUUGCUGUUCCUCCUGGCUGGAAUGAAUGCAUUAAUAUUCUUUGUCUUACACUUUAACAUGACUGAAUUUCGUCCAUUGAGAGAUCACUACAAAAUCUAUAAGAUGGUCAUCAAGGAAGUCUUCCUCGAGCGAACGAACCUUAAAGACACAUCAAUUCUAACAAGUGAAGAAAACGCGCGUAGACUAAUGCGUGAGGAGACAGAAACAGAAGGUUACUUUCCAGUGGAUGGAAGGAACAUUUGCCCUUACCUUGGAAUAAGAAAAAUUCCUUACUUUACUACUAGAACAAACAGUUCCACGUCGAAUACUUAUUGCAAAUUGAGGGUACCGUCAAAAGUUGAAUGCAAGAAAGCCUACAAAAGCUAUGGCAUAGGGGAGAAAGCUGAGAAAUGCCAGGAAGAAAAUAACAAGAAGGACCUUUGUUAUUUUACGCAUAUCAACAUGACAACAACAAAGAAAGUUAAUCUCAAAUGUGAUCUAACACCGUGUGGGAAAAACUCGGUCUUUGUGGCUAGUAUUGAUCCAAGGAAUGGCGAGCUUGAAGACAAAGCCAAAUGGAAGGAAUUCUUUCAAGUCGCUGAGCUAGAAGCAAGUUUACCUGAAAUAAUUGAGGAGAACUUCAAAAAUGGCUUCCAGUUUUGUUUCUUAUCUUGUCUUUCUGCUUCAGGAAGUAAUACUAUCGAAACUUUGUUGAUGUUUCCUCCUCGAAUACCGAGAAAGAAUCAAGCAAGUGUUAAUAGUGUGCUUAACAUCAACGUGGUGGUUUUAGAUUCUGUUUCCCGGCCUCAUUUUUAUCGAUCUCUUCCAAAAACUGUGAAAGCAUUGAGAGAAAUUUCCUACAACGAUUCUCUGGAUGCUAUGGUUUUAGACUACGAGCUCUUUCAAAGUAUUGGUCCAUAUACGUACAUCAACAUGAAGGCAUUCUUCACCGGUAACUCUCUUUACCACGCCGAGAAAAGUGUCCAGAUCAACAGUGACUACCAGUAUUACUACGGCUUUGAUGUAUUUUACAGAAAGCUAAAAGAAAAAGGUUUUUACACUUUGUUGCAAGAAGAUCUAUGUUGGUACGAUGUCUGGGGAACUGUUAUGGGUAACACAAGGAAGGAUUUUUCGAAGGAUCGUGAUGCUAAGGACAGGAUAAAAAGAUGGCGACGUCUUCUUCAAGAUAUCAAAAACAGCUAUAUUGACGACACGGGUAUAACGCAUGCAACCUGCAAUGUCCUGAACCAGUACGGUGUAACCAACCCCUUUACCAAGCCUAAGAAAAUCUGUUAUGCAGGGAAAGUUUUUAUUCAAUAUUUUUUAGACUAUCUUGAUAAAGUAUUUUCUCAAAGUAAUGGAUUGAAAGAGAGAAGUUCUCGUAUUUUUGCAUAUACUCAUUUCAAUGUCGGGCACGAGAACACAGGAAGAAGAAUACAACAAGCCGAUGAAAGCUUGUCGAAAUACCUGAGGAAAAUGGCUGAAGAUCAAAGCACCUUGACCUUGGUUUUCUCUGAUCAUGGGCCUAAAACUACUGAUUAUUCCAUCCAUUCUCUGGAAGGCAUGUAUGAGCUGUAUAACCCAUUCAUGUUUAUCAUUAUGCCUGAGAAAAUAGCCUCAAUUAUAGGCGCAAAAAGGAUAAGAAACUUAAUAAAUAACCAGAAGCGUGUCAUUACGUUGAAGGAUGUCCACGGAGCCUUGACCUCAAUCUUAGAAUUCGACUACAAUUUUGACAAACUUGCAAAGCCAGUCCAAAGAGAAGGGAUAUUUAGUGCAAUACCAGAACAUAGACAAAUUUGUACCUAUGAAACUCUGUGCAUUUGCAAAGGAAAUGAAAAAUGGUUUUCUGAUAAUGAUGCUCAUUUUACGUGGGUCGCCGAGUUUGCGAUAGGUGAACUUAACAACCAAAUCCAGCGGCUUUAUUCAAUGGGCAUGCGCAACACCAGUACUGUUGGAGGAUUUGGAAACUGUCAGAGACUGGUUGGAAAACGUUUUAAAAAAGUUCAUCUGAGGGAAGAUGAUAAGAACUUCUUUGUGACAAUGGAUAUUACGACCAGCCCUGUAAAUGUAGAAUUUCAAGUGCAUGUCAAGUAUCCGAAAACGCCUGCAUCGUUCAAACGUCGCUUUACAAAGAAAACCCUCUUUGCAAGACUCUUGAAUUUCCGACGUCUGACAACCUACCAGGAUUAUCAUGAAUGCAAAGAUCCCUAUGUUUCCAUACAGCUGUGUGUCUGCAAGCGAUCCAUCUUCAAUAACGCAGUAGAAAGAGGAAAAAGCAGUAUGUGGAAAUGGACGACCAUGGAUUCCCCUAAAGCAGUCCACGAAGUUAUGCGUCGCCAAGGAAACCUUGGGGCCAAUCAGAAGAUAGUAAAUCUCGACGACUCAGAUUGUCUUUAUUUGAUUAGCAGGUCAUAUGCGAAUCAAACUCUAGUGUACGAAGUUGGGAACGCGUGCACAGAGCGUCGCUACAUGGUUCAUUUUACAGGUCAUUCUGUCAGCAAAGUGCAGCCAUCCGUGUCUUUUCCCUUUACUGUAGAUGUAAAACCACUGACACUACAUUUUAUUCUGACUGUUUACCACUACAGAAAGCCUUUCGAUUUUAAGCCUCUUGUUACAUUUCGUAUUCAUUCUUAUUAAGAAAUAUCUUUUUUAGUACAAACCUACCAAUAAUAUAAUAAUAAUAAUAAUUUAUAUGGCUUAUAUAGCGCUUAUACAAGUCUGUUCUAAGCGCUUAGUAACAUAACGUUAAAGGAAUAAAUAAAUAA